GCCGGCCGGGCGCUCAGGAGCGCGCGGGGCAGCGGCGGCGCGAAGGAGCCAUCCGCGCUCGUGCCCGCGCGGGUGUGUUGCCGCCCUGGCAGCGCCCCUGCCCCGCCGCCUCCCGGUCCUUGCCUGGCGGACGUGGGUUGUUUGCCUGAGGGGAGCAACGUAGCGGCGGUCCGCGCUCCCGCCGCCAGGCCCGGUCCGGCUCCAGCCUCUGCCCGGACGCUGGCCGGCCUGGCCAUGGCUGACCGCGGGUGCCCGCUGGAGGGGGCGCCGCUGCCCGUCGAGGUGCGGGAGAGCCUGGCUGAGCUGGAGCUGGAGUUGUCGGAAGGUGACAUCACUCAAAAAGGAUAUGAAAAGAAAAGGGCAAAGCUGCUUGCACGUUAUGUACCACUUAUUCAAGGAAUAGACCCAUCUCUGCAAGCAGAGCAUAGAAUUCCUGGGCCCUCACAAACCACUGCCAUGGCACCCAAGCAGCAGAAGUCACGGCCCACCACCUCGAGAGACGAGCGCUUCCGGUCAGAUGUCCACACUGAAGCCGUGCAAGCAGCUCUGGCCAAGUACAAAGAGAGGAAGAUGCCUAUGCCUUCGAAAAGACGUUCUGUCCUUGUGCAUUCGUCUGUGGAGACCUACACCCCUCCAGACACGUCGUCUGCCUCAGAAGAUGAGGGCUCUUUACGGCGACCCGGGCGACUCACCUCCACUCCGCUCCAGAGCCAUUCCAGCGUCGAGCCCUGGCUCGAGCGGGUCAUUCAGGGCUCGUCCACCUCAUCCUCUGCAUCCUCCACCUCAUCUCACCCGGGAGGGAGACCCAUCGCCGCUCCCAGUGCUGCAGCCACGCCGGGGGCCGCCGCUGCCACUGCACUCGCAGGCCUUGAGGCCCACACCCACAUAGAUCUGCAUUCUGCCCCUCCUGAUGUCACCACGGGCCUCGUGGAGCAUUCAUACUUUGAGCAUCCGCAGGUGGCUUCUGUGAGAAGUGUUCCUCGGGGAUGCAGUGGGAGCAUGCUGGAAACAGCAGAUGGUGUCCCUGUGAACAGCAGAGUGUCCUCCAAAAUCCAGCAGCUUCUUAACACCCUGAAGAGGCCAAAGCGCCCCCCACUGAAGGAGUUCUUUGUAGACGAUUUUGAGGAAUUGUUGGAAGUUCAGCAACCAGAUCCAAAUCAGCCGAAGCCUGAGGGAAGUGAGACGAGUGUGCUGAGAGGGGAGCCUCUCACUGCAGGUGUCCCCCGACCGCCGUCGCUGUUGGCCACCUUGCAGCGCUGGGGCACAACACAGCCCAAAUCCCCCUGUCUGACUGCUUUGGAUACAACUGGGAAGGCCACCUACACUCUCACCUAUGGUAAACUUUGGAGUCGGUGUUUAAAACUAGCUUAUACUCUACUUAAUAAACUGACUAAUAAGAAUGAACCUCUACUUAAACCUGGAGAUAGAGUGGCGCUCGUGUUUCCCAAUAGUGACCCCGUGAUGUUCAUGGUUGCGUUUUAUGGGUGUCUCCUGGCAGAGCUGGUUCCUGUCCCCAUAGAAGUGCCAUUAACGAGAAAGGAUGCAGGCAGCCAGCAGGUUGGGUUUCUGCUGGGCAGCUGUGGGGUCUCCUUGGCCCUGACCACAGACGCUUGUCAGAAAGGCCUCCCCAAGGCACAGACGGGAGAGGUGGCAGCUUUCAAAGGAUGGCCUCCCCUUUCCUGGCUGGUGAUUGAUGGGAAGCAUCUAGCCAAGCCCCCCAAGGACUGGCACCCUCUGGCCCAGGACACAGGGACUGGGACUGCCUACAUUGAGUAUAAAACCAGCAAAGAAGGCAGUACAGUGGGCGUCACUGUGUCCCAUGCAUCCCUGCUGGCACAGUGCCAGGCUCUGACCCAAGCAUGCGGGUACUCAGAAGCUGAAACAUUAACAAAUGUGCUGGAUUUCAAAAGGGAUGCUGGUCUGUGGCAUGGAGUGUUAACAAGCGUCAUGAACAGGAUGCACGUGGUCAGUGUCCCCUACGCACUGAUGAAGGCCAACCCGCUCUCCUGGAUCCAGAAAGUAUGCUACUAUAAAGCUCGGGCCGCGCUGGUGAAGUCACGAGACAUGCACUGGUCUCUCCUAGCUCAGCGAGGCCAGAGGGAUGUCAGCCUCAGCUCACUGCGAAUGCUGAUUGUGGCAGAUGGUGCCAACCCGUGGUCAAUCUCCUCCUGUGACGCCUUCCUCAACGUCUUCCAGUCCAGAGGUCUGAGGCCAGAGGUCAUCUGUCCUUGUGCCAGUUCUCCUGAGGCGCUCACUGUCGCCAUCCGCAGGCCACCUGAUCUGGGAGGACCACCUCCAAGAAAAGCGGUUCUGUCGAUGAAUGGUCUAAGUUACGGUGUUAUCAGAGUGGAUACUGAAGAAAAGUUGUCAGUCCUUACUGUUCAGGACGUUGGUCAGGUGAUGCCUGGAGCUAAUGUAUGUGUUGUGAAGUUAGAAGGUACCCCUUAUCUUUGUAAAACUGAUGAAGUGGGAGAAAUAUGCGUCAAUUCCAGCGCAACUGGCACAGCCUACUAUGGAUUGCUUGGAAUCACGAAGAAUGUGUUUGAGACAGUUCCAGUCACCGCAGGAGGGUCACCCGUCUUUGACAGGCCUUUCACCAGGACGGGCCUGCUGGGCUUCAUUGGGCCUGACAACCUGGUCUUCAUCGUGGGCAAAUUGGACGGGCUGAUGGUCACUGGAGUUCGCAGACACAAUGCGGAUGAUGUUGUGGCCACUGCACUGGCCGUGGAACCCAUGAAGUUUGUCUACAGAGGCAGGAUCGCUGUGUUCUCUGUGACUGUGCUGCAUGAUGACCGGAUCGUCCUGGUAGCUGAGCAGCGGCCGGAUGCCUCGGAGGAGGACAGCUUCCAGUGGAUGAGCCGCGUGCUGCAGGCCAUCGACAGCAUCCACCAGGUGGGCGUGUACUGUCUGGCCCUGGUUCCUGCCAACACCUUGCCCAAGGCUCCUCUUGGAGGGAUUCACAUUUCUGAAACCAAACAGCGCUUUCUGGAAGGGACACUGCACCCGUGUAACGUGCUGAUGUGCCCUCACACCUGUGUUACCAACCUCCCCAAACCUCGUCAGAAACAACCAGAGGUUGGACCAGCCUCAAUGAUCGUGGGGAACCUGGUUGCUGGGAAGAGAAUUGCACAGGCUUCUGGGAGAGAGCUCGCCCACCUGGAGGACAGUGACCAGGCACGGAAGUUCCUGUUCCUGGCUGAUGUGCUGCAGUGGCGUGCCCACACCACUCCUGACCACCCGCUGUUCUUGCUGCUGAACGCCAAGGGCACCGUCACAAGCACUGCAACCUGUGUCCAGCUGCACAAAAGGGCUGAGAGAGUGGCCGCGGCUCUGAUGGAGAAGGGAAGACUGAGUGUUGGGGACCAUGUGGCUCUGGUCUACCCACCAGGGGUGGACCUCAUCGCCGCAUUCUAUGGCUGCCUGUACUGCGGCUGCGUACCUGUCACUGUGCGGCCCCCGCACCCUCAGAACCUAGGCACCACGCUGCCCACCGUCAAGAUGAUCGUGGAGGUCAGCAAGUCUGCAUGCGUCCUCACCACACAGGCCGUCACACGGCUGCUCAGGUCCAAGGAGGCUGCCGCCGCUGUGGACAUCAGGACCUGGCCCACCAUCCUAGACACAGAUGACAUCCCUAAAAAGAAGGUAGCGAGCAUUUUCAGGCCCCCCUCCCCCGACGUCCUCGCAUACUUGGACUUCAGCGUGUCGACCACUGGUAUAUUAGCGGGAGUGAAGAUGUCGCACGCGGCCACAAGCGCCUUGUGCCGCUCCAUAAAGCUGCAGUGUGAGCUGUACCCCUCGCGGCAAAUUGCCAUCUGCCUCGACCCCUACUGUGGUCUUGGCUUUGCCCUGUGGUGUCUGUGCAGCGUCUACUCGGGACACCAGUCAGUGCUAGUGCCACCACUGGAGCUGGAGAGCAACGUGUCCCUGUGGCUGUCAGCUGUCAGCCAGUACAAGGCCCGCGUCACCUUCUGCUCCUACUCUGUGAUGGAGAUGUGCACCAAGGGCCUUGGCGCGCAGACAGGUGUCCUCAGGAUGAAGGGGGUGAACCUGUCAUGUGUGCGCACAUGCAUGGUGGUUGCCGAGGAGCGGCCCAGGAUUGCGCUGACCCAGUCGUUCUCCAAGCUCUUCAAGGACCUGGGCCUGCCGGCCCGCGCCGUCAGCACCACAUUCGGGUGCAGGGUCAACGUGGCCAUCUGCCUCCAGCCCAACAGGCUGGGAAAGCUGGCUGAGCAGGGCACAGCUGGGCCAGACCCCACAACCGUCUACGUGGACAUGCGGGCACUGCGCCAUGACAGGGUACGUUUGGUAGAACGGGGUUCUCCGCACAGCCUGCCGUUGAUGGAGUCUGGAAAGAUCCUCCCUGGCGUGAAGGUCAUCAUCGCACACACUGAGACCAAAGGGCCCUUGGGAGACUCACACCUGGGAGAGAUCUGGGUGAGCAGCCCCCACAACGCCACCGGCUACUAUACAGUCUACGGUGAGGAGGCGCUUCAUGCUGACCACUUCAGUGCCCGGCUGAGUUUUGGAGACACACAGACCAUCUGGGCAAGGACUGGCUACCUUGGCUUUCUUCGACGAACAGAGCUCACUGAUGCCAGUGGAGGACGGCAUGAUGCACUGUAUGUGGUUGGGUCUCUGGAUGAAACUCUGGAGCUCCGGGGCAUGCGGUACCACCCCAUCGACAUCGAGACCUCUGUGAUCCGAGCACACAGGAGCAUUGCUGAAUGUGCUGUAUUCACCUGGACCAACCUGCUGGUGGUGGUGGUGGAGCUGGAUGGGCUAGAGCAGGAUGCCCUGGACCUGGUGGCCCUGGUGACCAACGUGGUGCUGGAGGAGCACUACCUGGUCGUGGGCGUGGUGGUCAUUGUGGACCCAGGGGUGAUCCCUAUCAACUCUCGGGGUGAGAAGCAGCGCAUGCACCUGCGAGAUGGCUUCCUGGCAGACCAGCUGGACCCCAUCUAUGUGGCCUACAACAUGUGAGCACAGUGCACCAGCCCAGGUGCCAGAGAUGAAUGAGCCCCAGCAGUCCAAGGUGUGAUGUGGGAAGACACUGCAGAGCCUACCCACCGGGACUCACCCCUUCCUGUGCUUUUACAGAUUCCUCUCAGCAGUUCCCCGCAGCUCAUUUUAGAAACUACUUCCUGAAUUAUUUAAAGAAAUAUUUUGAAUCUGCCAAGUACAUUUACAAAAACACGGAUGCUGAUAUUUUAACAGAUGGAGUGACAAGGAAAGGAAAGGCCUGGCGUGGGCAUCGUGAGGAAUCACAGGCACCGCGGUUCUCUGCUGUACUGCAAGUUUGCACUUUCUUUAGGCUAAAAAUAUAGCUCCUGAUUUUUAAAAUUCAGUUAUUUAUUCCCAUUUCAAAUGACAAGUUCAUACAUAGAAUUUAUGCUGGAGAGAAACUUGAGGCCAUGAAUACAGCUGCCUCACUUCUGUUUCACAAGGAUGAUGGAAAGGAAGCAAGCGGGACCCAUCCUUUGUACUCACAGAGGGCACUGUGGUCACACGCAGUGCUUCCUCUGCCAGUUUCUUUAUUGAAACAGACGUGCUGGUUGUCAGCAUAUCUUGUCACUGACACUCAAUAAGUGCCAUUUUGGACUGUCAAGUUAGAUGCUUUGUUUCAGAAAGAUAAGCCAGCAUUUAGUUUUAAAUCAUUUUCCUGGUUUUUAACUUUAUGCUGUUAAAUUGCUAGUUUUCAUAACACUGCAAUACUAAUUCUUCUCGUGGAAGUGUACUGAUUUAUUGUUUUUAUUCCAAGCCAUCAGACUUAGAAGCAUUGGUGGUAAAGUCUAAGGUUUUCAUAUCUAUCGUACUGUUUGGUGAGUACCGGCAGUACAGUUGAGGGGUCGCAGGAAACACCAUUGCCCCAUAUUGAAGGUGGAGAUGGUUACAUUCUUUACUGCCUUUCGCAUUUUGAGUUGUGUGCCUAUAAAAUUUGGCCAAAUCAUUUUAUUAUUUUGUUCAAACUUGACUAAGCUGAGUGAUCUAAAAUACAGAACCUAAGUCAAAAGAAGAGAAUGUAAAAUCCUUCAGUUACUUCUAAGAAUUUGAAGUCAAGUACAAAUCUAAAACAUAGAUUAUUUUUAUAUAGCUAAUUAAGAGUAUGUUAUGAAAUUGUUGGGUUUUGGGGUAUUGAGGGCGGAAAAUUUUGUGAAUCAUGCAUGCUUCACAGAAACAACCAGGUUUUUCCAGAAUUAGUCUGGAUCAGUGCCUAACAAAGCUGUUAUUAAUUCUCCACACGUGAGUCUGGCUAACUGGCCCAGCCCUCAUAUUUUACUCCUGUCUGGCUACAAAUAGCAUUGUGCAUAGUAGCCCUGUUUGCCCAUGGUGUUGGAUUGUGGUAAAGUAUGCUGUGACAUACUGGAAUCCUAAUAAUCCUCUUGUAAUUAUGUACAGAAUCUAUGUAACUUAUUGUUGACAUAUAGAGGUUUGGGCAGUGGUCUAACGGAGGACAUUCCUUACAACAGAAUGGCUGGGAAGGGAAAGGGAAAAACUACCUAACUCCAAUCUUAAUGUCGUAGUUUUAUAGCAAACAAAAAUUGUAAACUUUUUGUAUUGAAAGGUCAGUAGUGGUAAGACAAGGUGUCUUGUAAAUUAAGAUUUUAAGAAGUACAUUAAAAUGUUUUAGAAUUACUCUGGGAAUUCUGUAUAUCACACUAAAAUUUUUAUAUCAUUAUGUUAAUAAAAGUUAUUGACUUUGUAAUUCUGCAUUUUGAAAUGUAUGAAAAGGGUUUUAAAGUUACCCUGAACAGGAUGUAUUUUAUUUUGCAUUUUUUUCUGACUAUAAAAGCAAUUAUGCUUACAGCAUAAAAUCUAGAAAGCACAUUAAAGUAUUAAAAAAAUUUAAAUUUCUUAUAAUUCUACCUCCAAGUAAAUAGCAUUAGUAUGUGACAUAAACCCUCUCAGGGAUUUAUUUUUUCCAUUUUAAAAAUUUUUUACAAAAUGAGGAUCAAGUGCUUUUUUAAAUAAUCUGCUUUUGUACUUAAUAAAUUAUAUAGACUUUUAAAUCUAUUACAUAUUUUCUUCUACAUGUUUCAAUGGUGUAUUUUACAAGUGUGCCAUGACUGUGGUAUUUGCUGUACUGCUGUACAUCACUGUUGUGGCGUCCUUUUAGAUGCACUUUGACACUGCCAUUACAACUGCUGCCUUGGGCUCAGUUACAGGUAGAGAGUAUAGGUCAGAGUUCAUGCCAGGUGUGAAGCUUUGGGUACCUGCUGCCCUCCAGAAGGGCAGGACGACAGCAUGGAAAAGGCCUCUUUGCAGUUGCCAAGCAGUGUUGGCAAUGGACAUGCUCAAGAUUAAAAUAAAUCUUUGACAAUUUGAUAGACAGUAAGUGUUGUGUCUGGUCAUGUUAAAUAUGUCCUCAUGUAUUCAUGGCCAUUUUUAGUUCUUAUCUGGUGUAUUUUGUUCAGAUUUGGCAGUUAUUAUUAUGGUCAAGUUUUUUUCUUACUGACUUGUAGGAAUCUUUUUCUAUUAAGAAUUAUAACCUCCAUAUACUUGUUACUUUUUCUGGUGGGUUAUUUCUAUUUUGAUUCUAUUUGUUUAAAUGUUGUAUUUGCUUUAUGCAAACUAUGGUUAUUGUGUUUAAUUUCAGAUUAUGAAUACAGCUGAUUUAUUUCAAAGUGGUUCUUCUGGAAUGGUCAGCAUAAACCAGUGGGGGGGUACAUGGCAGAGAAGUAACUAACCUCCAGUGUUUGCCUGGUUCCUGCCACAGUGCUGGACUUCAGGUCUUCCAAACUGUUCUAAAGAAAGGUCAAGGGACCUGCUGGUGCCACUGUGUCUUUCUGUCAGUAAAUAUCCUCAGUAAAUCAUGUGCACGUUAUUUGCCAUGUAAAAAAAAGAACAGGAAGAGGAAGCAUUCCCUUUCUACCUGAGAUCAUGUUACAUAAAUUUUGGGUCUGAAAGGGUUAGGAAAGGCAUACUCUGUUUAAAUUGGAUAUAGUAACAGUGUUGUAACACUGUGCAUGGCAUUCAUCCUCUUGUUUGAUGUUCAGUUUCAGUAAUGGAGAAUUAAAAGGAAACUACACGUAAAAUUUCAAAA